AUGAAAUACGGCACUAUUUACUCGGCCCUGUUUGCAUUCCUGUACGCCAGUCUCUGCGUCGCGAACUUUUACAUGCUCCGCUGGGACGACGUGCUCGGACCGAGGCUGUUGACUCUCACCGUGGUGAGGACUGGUCUUUCGUAUGCCUGCGUAUUCAGUGACAUCGCGAUGACAUUCUGGUAUAAUUGGAAGAUACGAGCUGCACUUUCACAUUUACGCAUCUUUGAUAGAGCGACGAAAUACAAAGAGCCUAAACACCCCUACAGGAUACGUUACAUCUGUUGGGCAUUGGCCUUCGUUAUUUUGUCGUUUUGGUCAAUAGUCGGAUAUAUAACGUUCUGCGUCGAGCGAAAAGAUUCCGUGUUCAACGGUGUAACCUAUGCAAUUGUUAACGCGACGCUGUCGAUGCAACUGAUGACGUUCGCCAGCCUGUCAUCCCUUCUAUACGAAAGAUUCCGCCGUCUUUGUGAAUUAUUGCUGUUGCCUGAAGGUAGAUUAGUUGCCAAAAAUGAUGGCAAAAUCAUGGUAGUGGACCGAUCGGGCAAGCAGUUUCGUUUGCAGGAAGUGUGGUGGUUGCACUCGUGUCUCACCAACGCGACCGAGAUGAUAAACUCGGUGUACGCGAUGCAGCUUUUGCUGUGGAUCUCUAGUAUGUCUUUCAAUACACUUACACGCAUCUAUACGAUUAACGAUAACGGCGCGAUCUCGCAACCUCUGCUGAUGGUGAGAGAAAUUUUAUUGGUGUCCGCUUGCGUGACAAAUCUGCUGAUCAUUACCAUCGUCUGUCACGUGACUGCGGAUCAAGCUAACCGCGUUGGCAAGAUCGCCUUUACACCGUCGUCAGCCAUUCUUAUCAAAAGAAAUUUUACGCAGGAUUGCAAUGUGGAGGCUGUGACCUACUUCCAAUUACGACAAGUACAUUUCUUUGCCUCUUAUGGAAUCAUACGCAUCGAUCUUCCAUUACUUCUUUCGAUAGCCUCUGGUAUAACUACGUAUCUGGUGAUCCUUCAUACCGCUAAUGUUUAG